AUGGCAGAGGAGAAGCAGCACAUUGUCUUCUUCCACCCAGACCUAGGCAUUGGCGGAGCUGAGCGGCUGGUCAUCGACGCCGCCGUCGGACUGCAGAACCGCGGCCACAAGGUCACCAUCUUCACGUCGCAUUGCGACCCGCAACACUGCUUCGACGAGGCCCGCGAUGGAACCCUCGAUGUGCGAGUGCACGGCAACACCAUCUUCCCCUCAGCCAUCUGGGGUCGCUGCGCGAUUCUCUGCGCCAUCUUGCGCCAGGUGCACUUGAUUUUGCACAUUGCCUUGCUGUCCCACAAGCUCCAGCAACUCACCCCGUCCGUCUUCUUCGUCGACCAGCUCAGCGCAGGAAUUCCCCUGCUGCGGCUGCUGCUGCCACACCCGCGCAUCAUCUUCUACUGCCACUUCCCCGACAAGCUGCUCGCCAAGAAGGGCGGCUUUCUGAAGACACUGUACCGUAGGCCCUUUGACUGGCUCGAGAGCUGGACCACUGGUUGCAGCGACACCAUUGUCGUCAAUAGCCACUUCACAAAAAGCAUUUUCGCCGAGGCUUUCCCCAGCCUUAAGACCCGCGAGCCCAGCGUCGUAUACCCAUGUGUCGAUAUCAAUGCUGGUCAGCCGGCGGAUCUUGUUGCGCCACUGUGGAAGGAAAAGAAGGUUCUGCUGAGCAUCAACCGCUUUGAGAAGAAAAAGGACGUUGGACUUGCCAUCCGGGCUUUCGCAGGCCUGUCGCCCAUGGAGCGCGAGCAGGCGCGGCUGGUCAUUGCAGGUGGAUACGAUUCCCAAGUGCCUGAGAACGUCGCCACGUAUACCGAAUUGUGCAAACUGGCUGACUCUCUUCGACUGACCCAUGCCACCGCCAAAACCGUCAUUACCGCCCAAAGUAUACCAGACGACAUCGCAGUCGUCUUUCUUCACUCGGUCCCCAGCAGUUUCAAGUCUACGCUUCUGGCAACUGCACGUCUCCUUAUAUACACACCUCUCCAUGAGCAUUUUGGCAUUGUGCCACUCGAAGCCAUGCUGGCCGAAACACCGGUCCUGGCAGCGAAUGAGGGUGGGCCAACAGAAACAGUCGUGAGCGGACAGACCGGUUGGUUGAGGGAUGUUAGGAAGGUGCAGGAUUGGACAGAGGUCAUGCGUGUCGCUUUGGAAGAUGGCCCUGGCGAACAGAGGCUGAAAGAGAUGGGCGCACGUGGGAGAGAUAGGGUCAUAGCAGAAUUCUCCAAGGAGAAGCUGGCUGAGCGCUUGGAUAUGGAGAUUCAGGCCAUGUCACAAAAUACGACACGUCCAGCACUGGCUCCUUUGUCUGCAGCUGUAUUGGUGGUGGGUGUGAUGGGCGCUCUUGCAGCUUUGGAAAUAGUCUUGGUGCUUCAAAAAUAG